UAUGAUAAGGGGGGUCGUUAUUACGACAAGUAUGGCAAGGACAAGCACGGCUACUACAAGGACGGAGGACUUCAUGGAAAAAAAUACGGAUCCGACCAUUAUGGAGGCAGAGGAAACAAAGGGGGGAAAUUUGGAGGCGAUUACUAUAAAGAUUAUGGCCACAAGAAGCAUGGCUUCAAGAAUGUCUACCAUAAGGAAGAAUUUGGCGACAAGAAAUUGUAUUAUGAUGACUAUAAAGAUAAGGACUACGGUAAGAAAUACAAGGACUUCCACGACUACUAUGACCAUAAUGCAGGUAAGAAAUACAAGAAAUAUGAUGACAAAAAAUACCACGACAAAAAGAAAUACGGGGACGACUAUCACAAAUACGGAAAAGGGGGCUACGACAACUACUACGGUGGUGAUCAUAAAAAUGGCGGCAAGUAUUAUAAGGACGGCUAUGGUUACAAGCAAGGUGGAGGAGGAUAUAAGAAAGGAAGUAACAGUGGACAUCAAACUGGUGGGCAUGGUGGUGGUCACGGUGGCUAUGGAGGUGGAGGACACGGUAAGGGUGGUUAUGGCCAUGGUUACGCUGGUACUAAAAACGUGUAUUUAGUCUCAAAACAUCCUGAUGACUAUUCUAAGAGUCCUGCUGGAUACAGAAUAGUGUAUGACACGACCAAGCAAUAAACUAUCUUAUUUUAUUAUGAAUGAUAAUAUGAUAGCUUCAAAGAAUUGGAGUAAAGUGGCUAAGUCUUUGACUGCGGUAAUAUAAAAGAGGUUUAGUAAUUUUUACAGUCCAACGGGUACCUUGAAGUUUUACUUUUCUACUUAACAUGUUUGCUCGUUUAGAACUACACUUGAAACAGCUGGUUAUCUGUAAACUUUUAAAAUCUAAUUUUCUCUCGACGAUUCUCUAGCAAUAUAGCAAAGCUUUGUAUCGUAUUCUUAGCUGUAAAUUUGCAGAACAUAUUCUAUUUUGGGGUAGAUAGAGCAUUUGCUCGUUAUAUUAUGAGUAGCUGUUAGGUUUUUUAAAAGCUGUUAUUGAGAACAAUAUAUUAUGAGAAACAGCACAAUUUUAGAUUUUAUGCAAAAGUAAGUACUCAGCUUAAUGUUCGUUUUUAAACUUUUCGA